UCUUGCUGCUAUAAAGUUGUCUAAACCCAAACUCGAAAGCUGUGGUGUAUUGACUUAUUUCACUUCUCGAUUCUAUCGUUCGACGCAAGAGAAAAAUGGGCAGAAAAUUUUUCGUCGGCGGCAACUGGAAAUGCAAUGGAACAGCCGAGGAGGUGAAGAAAAUUGUCACCAUGUUGAAUGAAGCUGAAGUGCCGUCAGGGGAUGUUGUGGAGGUUGUAGUAAGCCCUCCAUUUGUCUUUCUUCCUCUGGUAAAAAGUUUAUUGUGCCCUGAUUUUCAUGUCGCUGCACAAAACUGUUGGGUUAGGAAAGGAGGUGCUUUUACUGGUGAGGUUAGUGCUGAGAUGCUUCUUAAUUUGGGCAUUCCUUGGGUCAUACUUGGUCAUUCUGAGAGAAGACUUAUAUUAAAUGAAUCAAAUGAGUUUGUUGCGGAUAAAGUUGCAUAUGCACUUUCUCAAGGCUUGAAGGUGAUUGCCUGUGUAGGUGAGACGCUUGAGCAGCGAGAAUCUGGAUCUACAAUGGCUGUAGUUGCUGCACAAACAAAAGCAAUUGCAGAUAAAGUAUUGAACUGGUCCAAUGUUGUUUUAGCUUAUGAACCAGUUUGGGCCAUCGGAACUGGAAAAGUUGCAACCCCUGCUCAGGCUCAGGAAGUCCAUUAUGAAUUGAGGAAAUGGCUUCAAGAUAAUGUUGGAGCUGAAGUUGCUGCAUCAACCAGAAUUAUCUAUGGAGGUUCCGUGAAUGGAGCAAACUGCAAAGAACUAGCAGCACAGCCGGAUGUGGAUGGAUUCUUGGUCGGUGGAGCUUCCCUAAAGCCCGAGUUUAUCAACAUCAUUAAGUCUGCCACAGUGAAGAAGAAUGAUUGAAUUUUGUUAUCAAGCAGCCUCGUCUUCAGCUUUUUCCUAGAAUGCUUGUUUGUUUUUUUUGGGGACAAUAUUAGCUUUUAGUUUCGUGGCUGUGUUGGUGUGCUAAAAAUAAACCACGGCCAAUGGGGUUCUGAGUGUAACAAAUCAUGAGUUUUUCUUGUAUGUGAAUGCGAGGAUUUUCUCUUUUUUGACACAAUAAUAUAAUUUACCGGCGUGGACCGGUUAAUUUA